CAGCUGGGUGUAUCUUCAAGACUCAACCCUCGACAACAAUUCUCAAAAUGGCUGCUCGACCCACCAUCACCGUCUGGUCCGCCGAGGGAGACUCCUCAGGCUCUCUCCCCCUCCCUGCCGUCUUCACCGCUCCCAUCCGUUUGGAUGUGGUUCAGCAGGUUCACAAAUCCAUGGCUAAGAACCGACGACAACCUUACGCCGUCGCUGAGAACGCCGGACACCAGACCUCUGCCGAAUCUUGGGGUACCGGUCGUGCGGUCGCUCGUAUCCCCCGUGUUGGAGGAGGUGGUACCCAGCGAUCUGGACAGGCCGCUUUCGGAAACAUGUGCCGAGGAGGACGAAUGUUCGCUCCUACCAAGACUUGGAGGAAAUGGCACGUCAAGAUCAACCAGAACCAAAAGCGAUACGCCGUUGCUUCUGCCGUUGCUGCCUCUGCUCUUCCCUCUUUGGUCCUCGCCCGAGGUCACCGAAUUGAGCAGGUUCAGGAAGUUCCCCUCGUUGUCUCCUCGUCUGUCCAGGGAAUCAACAAGACCAAGGCGGCUGUUGAGCUCCUCAAGACCUUGGCCGCUUACCCCGACAUCACCAAAGUUUCCAACUCUAGAAAGACUCGAGCUGGAAAGGGAAAGAUGAGGAACAGGAGAUACAGGCAACGACGAGGACCUCUUGUCGUCUACGACAAAGACGAGGGUAUCGUCCGAGCCGUCAAGAACAUUCCCGGUGUCGAGACUUGCCCCGUUGACGCUUUGAACCUUCUCCAACUCGCUCCCGGUGGUCACGUCGGACGAUUCGUCAUCUGGACCGAAGGUGCCGUCAAAGCCCUCGACGGAAUCUACGAGAACAAGUCUGGAUUCAACCUUCCCCACGCCAAGGUCACCUCAUCCGACGUCACCCGCAUCAUCAACUCUGACGAGAUCCAAUCCAUUGUCCGACCCAAGGGCCAGGCCGUCGCCAAGCGACCCUUCACCCAGAAGAAGAACCCUCUCCGAAACAAGGCUGUUCUCUUCAGACUCAACCCUUACGCCAAGACCCUUCGUCGUCAAGAGCUCAUCCGACAGGAGCGAAAGAAGGCCGGAAAGGGAUCCGUCAAGAAGUCUGUGCCUGCCGGAACUGCCAGCAAGCAGUUCUUGGACAUUCUCCACGCUGCUUAGGUGGGAGGUAUCGGGUGUCUGAUAGCACACAACGGUCAUAUGUAACAUUCAUAGGCCGUGAUGACAUGUUAUAUAUGAGAGCAAA